AUGUCCCCUUCCACACCCCUCGAACCAUUCUGUACAGCCAUCCUCCGUACACUCCGACGAUCCCUCAUUCCUCCAAAUCUACCUAGACCCCUUCCUACACACAACGUCCGAUCGAGUAAACCCAUCAGCGAAUCUGCUAUAUUGAUACCGCUCAUGAACAUACGUGAUCAGCCGCAUCUGUUGAUGGAGGUGAGAGGGAGGGGGCUGAGGGUACAUGCUGGGGAAGUGAGUUUUCCAGGUGGGAAAGCUGAUCAGACAGACGACUCACUCGUUCAUACAGCAUUGAGAGAAGCCCAAGAAGAACUUGCCAUACCACCCUCUCACGUCGAGAUAUUAGGUAUGCUGGAGCCAGAGUACAGUCUAGGUAAUAAGAGUAGAGUAUGGCCUUUUGUCGGAUUCAUACAUUCCGACCCUCAACCAUUCCCAUCAAUCCCCCAAACCCUCCCUUCUCUCCCUCUGUCCGACCUCACCCCGAAUCCCGAGGAGGUAUCCUCCAUUAUAACUCUACCUCUAUCGGCUCUUCAGGAUCCAAGCAAGCUGUCCGUACAUUACUUCAGAUUAGAUUUGAAUAAACCAUACUACCGAAUAGAUUGCAAAGAUUAUCUCCUAAAUCAACACAAUCGACAGCUGCAGCAAGUCAAGGGAGAUGAUCGACAUGGUUCUUACCAGAAUCCAAAUCGGACAAUAGGACUGGAAGAGAACGGAGAAUCAUCUGAGAAAUUGGAAGUUUGGGGAUUGAGCGGAUGGUUUUUAAACAAAUUGGCUAAGAGGGCAGGAUGGAUGGAAGCUCCUCCCAAAGGGAUCUCACCUGAAGAUUGA